CAGUCUCUUUCAGCUCCACCCUACUCUUACAUCCGGGCGAUUGCCACUGUGGGGCUAGUCACUCUGGGGUGGAGUGGAGGUCAGCAAAAAGCGAGGUGAGACGGCUUUGGCCUUAGCGUCGAAAGUUAAGACCUGUAUAUUUAGUGAAUGAUGAAAACACAGACGGGAUAAAAAAUAACCUACAACGCUCGAUCAAGCAUCAAGUUGACGGACGGUGGCGCCACCUUGCCAGACACUCUGCUCCGCCCCUUAGCCCUCAUUGGUCAAAACAGCUGCCCGGCAACCCUGAGAUUGGUUAGACCAGCGGCCCGCUGCGUCCAAUGGGCGGCGGAGCCGGCUUUCCCGCGGACAUUCGCUAUUCGAGUGAGCCGUGGCGGCGGCGGCGGCGGUUGAGGAGUGUAACGGUCGCCUGACUCCGGCGCGACGAUGGCGGCCUUGGGGCCUGGAGGUUACGCACGGAACGAUGUAGUCGAGAAGCUGCCAUCCGUCAUGGCGGGAGUUCCGGCGCGGAGGGCCCAGUCCUCCCCGCCCCCCGCUCCACCGGUCUGCCUCCGGCGGCGGACGCGACUCUUGGCGGCGCCCGAGGAUACGGUGCAGAACCGGGUAUCACUCGAGAAGGUGCUUGGCAUCACAGCCCAGAACAGCAGUGGCCUAACCUGUGACCCCAGCACGGGCAAUGUGGCCUACCUGGCAGGCUGUGUGGUGGUGAUUUUGAACCCCAAGGAGAACAAGCAGCAGCACAUUUUUAAUACUGCCAGGAAGUCUCUGAGUGCUCUGGCCUUCUCCCCUGAUGGGAAGUACAUAGUGACGGGGGAGAACGGGCACAGGCCUGCUGUGCGCAUCUGGGACGUGGAGGAGAAGAGUCAGGUGGCGGAGAUGCUGGGCCACAAGUACGGCGUGGCCUGCGUGGCCUUCUCCCCCAACAUGAAGCAUAUCGUGUCCAUGGGCUACCAGCAUGACAUGGUCCUCAACGUCUGGGACUGGAAGAAAGACAUCGUGGUCGCCUCCAACAAGGUAUCGUGCCGAGUCAUCGCCCUCUCCUUCUCAGAGGACAGCAGCUAUUUCGUCACUGUUGGGAAUCGGCACGUGAGGUUCUGGUUCUUGGAAGUCUCCACUGAAGCAAAGGUGACGGGCACGGUGCCCCUCGUCGGGCGCUCGGGCAUCCUGGGGGAGCUGCAUGACAACGUGUUCUGCGGUGUGGCCUGUGGCCGGGGCCAGAUGGCAGGCAGCACCUUCUGUGUGUCCUACUCGGGCCUCCUCUGCCAGUUCAACGAGAAGAGGGUGCUGGAGAAGUGGAUCAACCUGAAGGUCUCCCUGUCUUCCUGCCUCUGUGUCAGCCAGGACCUCAUCUUCUGUGGCUGCACAGAUGGGAUAGUCCGCAUCUUCCAAGCCCACAGCCUGCACUACCUCGCCAACCUGCCCAAGCCGCACUACCUCGGGGUGGAUGUGGCCCAGGGCCUGGAGCCCAGCUUCCUCUUCCGCAGGAAGGCAGAAGCCAUCUACCCGGAUACAGUGGCACUGACCUUCGACCCCGUCCACCAGUGGCUGUCCUGCGUCUAUAAGGACCACAGCAUCUACAUCUGGGAUGUCAGAGACAUCAACAAAGUAGGCAAGAUUUGGUCAGAGCUCUUUCACAGCUCCUACGUCUGGAACGUGGAGGUGUAUCCUGAGUUUGAAGAUCAGAGAGCUUGUCUGCCAUCAGGAUCUUUUCUGACUUGUUCCUCAGACAACACCAUCCGCUUCUGGAACAUGGAUCGCAGCCCCGACUCUCACUGGCAGAAGAACAUCUUCAGUAAUACCCUGCUGAAGGUCGUGUACGUGGAGAAUGACAUCCAGCACCUGCAGGACAUGUCACACUUCCCAGACCGAGGGAGUGAAAACGGGAUGCCUAUGGACAUGAAAGCUGGGGUGCGAGUCAUGCAGGUCAGUCCUGAUGGCCAACACUUGGCUUCAGGCGACCGAAGUGGAAAUCUGAGGAUCCACGAGCUGCAUUUCAUGGACGAGCUGGUCAAGGUGGAGGCCCAUGACGCAGAGGUGCUGUGCCUGGAGUACUCCAAGCCAGAGACCGGGCUGACCUUGCUGGCCUCGGCCAGUCGGGACCGACUGAUUCACGUGCUGAACGUGGAGAAGAACUACAACCUGGAGCAGACCCUGGACGACCACUCCUCCUCCAUCACGGCCAUCAAGUUUGCUGGCAACAGAGACAUCCAGAUGAUCAGCUGCGGGGCUGACAAGAGCAUCUACUUCCGCAGUGCCCAGCGGGCCUCAGAUGGACUACACUUUGUCCGUACCCACCAUGUGGCAGAGAAGACCACCCUGUAUGACAUGGACAUUGACAUCACCCAGAAGUACGUGGCCGUGGCCUGCCAGGACCGCAACGUAAGAGUCUACAACACAGUGAACGGGAAGCAGAAGAAGUGCUACAAGGGCUCCCAGGGGGACGAAGGGUCCCUGCUGAAGGUCCAUGUGGACCCAUCAGGCACCUUCCUGGCCACAAGCUGCUCUGACAAAAGCAUCUCAGUGAUUGAUUUUUACUCGGGCGAGUGCGUUGCCAAGAUGUUUGGCCACUCAGAAAUCGUCACUGGCAUGAAGUUCACCUACGAUUGUCGUCACUUGAUCACAGUAUCUGGAGACAGCUGCGUGUUCAUCUGGCACCUGGGCCCGGAGAUCACCAACUGCAUGAAGCAGCACUUGCUGGAGAUCAACCACCGGGAGCAGCAGCAGCAGCAGAGCACGAACGACGGGGAGUGGAGCAGCCACCCCAGGCAGGAGACAUAUGCAUCGAUGCCCAGCGAGAUUUGCUCCCUAAGCCCUGGAGAGCAGACAGAGGAUGAGCUGGAGGACGAGUGUGAACCUGAGGAGUUGCUAAAGACCCCAUCCAAAGAGAGCUUGGAUCCAGAUCCUCGGUGCCUGCUGACCAACGGCAAGCUGCCACUCUGGGCAAAGCGGCUGCUAGGAGAUGAUGACGUGGCAGACGGCUCGGCCUUCCGCACCAAGCGCAGCUACCAGCCACAUGGCCGCUGGGCGGAGCGGGCUGAUCAGGAGCCUCUCAAGACUAUCCUGGAUGCCCGGGACCUCGAUUGCUACUUCACCCCCAUGAAGCCCGAGAGCCUGGAGGACUUGGUUCUGGAUACGGUGGAGUCACAGAGACUGGCGGGCCUGCUGAACGAGUCAGAGAGUCCCCAGGAGGAUGGCUGCAGGCAUCCUUCCUCACCUCGCCUACAGGGGGAGUCUUCUGAGGCCAGCCAGCUCAUCAUCUACUCCCUGGAGGCGGAAAUGACAGUCACAGGGACAGACAGGAACUACUGUGCGGAGGAGGUAGAGAGGGCGCCCAGAGACCAGCAAGAUGACUCCUACCUCAGGGUCCCCUCCACCAGCUUUAAGGAUCAGAGCCCACCAGAGGACUCGGGGGAGCCGGAGGCCGACUUGGAGUGCAGCUUCACCACCGUCCAUUCCUCCCCUCCACGGCCAGACCCAGACCCUCAGUGUGACGUGCCAGUGCCCCCCACACCAGGAUGCCCAGGUACCGCAGAAGAGUUGUCCCGGCCUGAGGUGCCAGGCGUAUCCAGCAGCUCCCUGCCCCAAACCCCUGAGCAAGAGAAGUUCCUCCGACACCACUUUGAGACGCUCACUGACGCCCACCCUGAGGAGCUCUUCCACAGAUCCCUGAAAGACCUGAAGGCCUCCGAGUCCGAGGAUGACUUCUUCAAUCCCCGGCUGAGCAUCUCAGCCCAGUUCCUCUCACGCCUCCAGAAGACAUCCAGAUUCACCCACACUUUCCCCUCCCGGCUGCCCCUGCACCUCGUGAAGUCCCCGGAGGUCAAACUUAUGGACCUUGCGGGGAGCCAGCCCAGAGCAGAGCCCCUGAGAGCAGGUACUGGCUACACCUCCCCAGGCAGGACCAACGUUCUCUCCGGGGAGAAGGUUGAGGAUCCCCUCGAGACCCUGGAGGCCCAAUCGCCACUGACCCCCUACCUCACAGGCCUGGUGCCCUGUGUCCCCUCCUCAGUGCUGCCCACAGACAAGAAGCCUCCGACACCCACAGCCUUACCCACUCCAGGCCUGGUUCAGGGUGUCCCCACCCCUGCCACCCGCUCCUACAUGGAAGCCACUGCCAGUUCCCGUGCCAAGAUGUCACGCAGCAUCUCCCUUGAGGACAGUGAGGGCCCUGUCCUGGCUGAGCUGGCCAGGCCUCCCUGCAGGCCCUCAUCCCUGGGGGAACUGGCCUCACUAGGGCAGGAACUCCAGGCCAUCAGCACCACAGCGACACCCAGCUCUGGCAACAAGGGCCAAGAACCUGCCCUGCCCUCCCGGGGCAACCAUGAGGCCCGGGCCAGCCUGAAACUCACCCUGUCAAGCAUCUGUGACAGGCUCUUACUGCCCCCACCCCAGCUGGAGCCUCCCACCACAUGUGUCUGGUCCCAGGAGCCUGUGGCCACGCAGCCCAAUGUCACGGUCACAACAGCCAGCUUCCCAGCCCCCAGCCCCGUGGAUGUGAGCUCCCCAAGGCUCCACAACUCCACUUUUCUCCCAAGGUUCCUGGCCCCUGAGCCCCUCAAUACCCCUACCCAUCCCAAUAGCCCCCCGCUUCCAGAGGCCCGGCCUGAGGUCCCUGGCAGCAUCACCUCCCUCCUGGAGCCCGCCCCUGAUGCACUCAGUCUGGACCAGGGCUGUCCUGGACACUGUGGGGAACCCAGGGCACCAGCCGGGGUCCUGCCCCCAGAUCCCCUUGAGCUGAGCAACGUGGGGACUGUCGUGCACAGACUGCAGGCUGCCUUCCAAGAAGCCCUGGACCUUUACCACUUGAUGGUCUCCAGUGACGAGGUGAGCGCUGAGCGGCAGCAGGCAAGGACUGAGCUGGCCUCCACUUUCCUUUGGAUCCACAGCCAGUUAGAGGCCAACGACUGGCUGGUGGGGACUGACGUGGCCUCAGCCCAGGCCCUGCCCAGCCCGGGUACCCCCUCCCCACCCACACUGUGCCCCCUAGCCAGCCCAGAUUUGCGUGCCCUGCUGGAACACUACUCGGAGCUGCUGGUGCAGGCUGUGCGGAGGAAGGCACGGGGGGACUGAGGGCCUGCAGCCCCCUCCACCGCAGCCCUGCUGCUUCCGAAGAAAUAGGUGUCUUAAGCAAAUAAACUGACAGCUUGGAGGAGUGGUUCCUGGUGCCUGUCCUGGCGCAUCCACCAAGCCCUUCAGGUGGAUGCAGGGAGAGAGGGUAGAGAGCCUAGGGAACUCACAGAUGCCCCAGUGCCGGGCCCUGUUCCAGGACCCCGUUGUGGGGCACACAGGACUAUUUGGGAACUGCGGUAAUGGUCACCCAGCACCUGGCCCCCAAGUCUCCUGUCCCCACUGUGCUGCUGUGGAGUCACCUGUGGUCCUUGCCCAGUGGGGCUCAGCCAUACCCCAGGGAGGGGCCAGCCCUUCUUCCUUGCCCCCCGCUGAUCCCAAGAACCCACUGGAGCCGCUGUGAUGACCACGUGCCAGACCCGGGCCACCAGUACACAUGUUGCCAAAUGACUGGCUUAUGGCCCCUGGGCCUCUGCUGGAUCCUCUGAGGGCCAGGCUCUUGUUCCCAUUUGCAGCACAGGAAAUUGAGGAAAGACAGACAGGCUCACCCACUGGACAAUCCAGGCAGCACGCCCAGUGGCCAGGACCAAUCAUUCCUUCCCCAGCAGGACUAUGUCCAGCUUCAACAUCCCCUGAGCUCCCAGCACUGGUACCAGCCUCCCCAGGCAGCAGGCAUCUAGCCACAUGGCACAUCUACUAAGAAGGCCACCCUUGUGACCACAAAAGCCCUCACCAUCCCAAGUCUAUAAAAAGGAAGCCAGCAGGAGCAGGGCCCUCUGCUGAAGCUCAGUCCUACCAUGCGGAACCCCCGCUUGCCUCUCCAAUGUGAAGCUUUCUCCCCAUGUGAUCCACACAGAUUUUCAACACAAACCAGCGGUAAGGAGAUUCAUUAGUCC